AUGCAUCUGUAUAAUGCAUGGUUGCCGCCGCCGGUGGCGGAGGAGACGAAGAAGGAAGGGGAGGCCUUCUCCCGCGUCGUGAGCUCCAUGCGGAGCUCGUACAAACCCGAAGAUCCUGAUUCCGUCUACGCCACUCUCAAAUGGAUUUCCGUCCUCGACGUUUUCCUCAAGGCCAAGAGCGACGUGGCCUUGGAAGAUGUCACCGCCGUCGUGGAAAUUGGGCUGGAGCUGUUUGGUGUCUCGCAGGACAAGCUUUAUGCUCAGGUAAGAUGGGGAAAUAUUUUGGUGAGAGUGCUUAAUAAGUAUAGGAAGAAGUUGACGCUGAAAGUACAAUGGCGCCCUUUGUACGAUACUCUGGUUCACACUCAUUUCUCAAGGAGUACUGGUCCAGAAGGGUGGAGGGUGAGGCAGCGACACUUCGAGGCCAUCACUUCGCUUGUUAGAUCAUGCAGGAGGUUCUUUCCUGCUGGUUCAGCCUCUGAGAUUUGGUCUGAAUUUAGUUCUCUAAUGGAAAAUCCGUGGCAUAAUUCAUCCUUCGAAGGAUCUGGGUUUGUACGACUGUUCCUUCCAACAAAUUUGGAAAACCAGGAUUUUUAUACCAAUGAUUGGGUGAGAAAGACUAUGGAGCUGUGGGAAUCUAUACCAAAUUGCCAGUUCUGGAACAGUCAGUGGUCGGCCGUUAUAGCUCGGGUCAUAAAAAACUAUGACUUUGUUGAUUGGGAAUGCUUCUUACCUGUGCUAUUCACUCGAUAUUUAAACAUGUUUGAGGUUCCAGUGGCAAAUGGAAGUGGAUCAUACCCUUUCCCUGUUGAUGUCCCUAGAAAUACAAGAUUCUUAUUUUCAAAUAGAACAAUGACCCCAACAAAAGCUAUUGCUAAAUCAGUUGUCUAUCUACUGAAGCCUGGUAGUUCAACAGGAAAGCACUUAGAGAAAUUGGUCGACCUCUUAGAACAGUAUUACCACCCAUCUAAUGGUGGCCGGUGGACUUAUUCAUUGGAGCGGUUCCUAUUGUAUUUGGUAAUUACAUUCCAAAAGCGCUUACAGCACGAGCAAUUGAACAAAGAUAAUGAUAAACAUGCUCACCUAUUUCUGGGAAGACCAGAGAGGACUGCAUUUGUCAAAAUAUUGUUGAAAUUAAUUGAUCGUGGACAAUACAGCAAGAAUGAGCGUAUGUCUGAGACUGUAGCUGCAGCAACUUCUAUCCUAUCCUAUGUGGAACCCUCGUUGGUUCUACCAUUCUUAACAUCUCGAUUCCAUCUGGCCUUGGAGACGAUGACUGCCACCCACCAGUUGAAAACUGCUGUGAUGUCCGUGGCAUUUGCCGGUCGCUCAUUGUUCCUGACAUCCUUGUCAACCUCUGCCAAAGAGCUACACCCUGCUGGUGAUAGCAAUACAUUCAUGGAUCUUCUGAUGAUUUCAUUAUCAAAUGCAUUACUUGGUAUGGAUGCUAAUGAUCCUCCCAAAACCUUGGCAACCAUGCAGCUGAUUGGUUCUAUAUUCUCUAAUAUUUCUACUUUGGAUGAUAGCAUGGAUGACUCAUCCUUCAUGCCAAUGAUUCAGAUGUCUGAGUGGUUAGAUGAGUUCUUGUGUCGGCUGUUCUCGUUACUUCAGCAUUUGGAACCUAGCAGUGUCGUGAGUGAAGGUUCACAUUCGGCAGCAACAUCAGGGACAUUUUUAGUUGAGGAUGGUCCUUAUUACUAUUGUAUGCUUGAAAUCUUGCUUGGAAGGCUUUCAAAAUCGCUGUACGAUCAGGCAUUGAAGAAAAUUGCAAAGUUUGUAAGGACAAAUAUUCUUCCUGGUGCAAUUGCUGAGGUUGGCUUGCUUUGCUGUGCAUGUGUUCAUUCGAACCCUGAGGAGGCAGUUUCUGCUCUUGUUGAGCCUAUGUUGUCUGCUGUUAUAUCUUCCUUGAAAGGGACGCCAUCAACUGGAUUUGGAGGAAGAGGAGUCCUUGAGACCUCAGUUUUGUCGAAGGCAAAGCCAACAUUGUCUCCAGCUCUUGAAACAUCAAUUGAUUGUCAAUUGAAAAUACUGUCAGUCGCGAUCAAUUAUGGAGGCCCUGUCCUUCUUCGUUACAAGGAUAAAUUCCUAGAAGCUGUAGCAUCUGCUUUCGAAUCUCCCUCUUGGAAGGUUAAUGGAGCUGGUGAUCAUCUUCUUAGGUCCCUCAUAGGAAGCCUAGUCCUUUACUACCCUGUUGAUCAGUACAGGUGCAUUUUAAGUCACCCUGCUGCUAGGGCAUUGGAAGAGUGGAUUGGCACAAAAGAUUAUGGCGAUGAGGAUCCAUCCAUCGCGCCCAAAUGGCAUGUUCCAAACGACACAGAAGUUCAAUUUGCAAAUGAGCUUCUGAACCUACAUUUGAAGUCAGCUUUAGAUGAUCUAAUGAGGAUUUGCCGAGAUCGAAUCCAUUCCGAUCCAGGCAAUGAGAAAUUGCACCUGAAAGUGACUCUUUUGCGGAUCGACUCUUCACUGCAAGGUGUUUUGUCUUGCUUACCUGAUUUCAGCCCAGCCUCCAGAAAUGGGAUUGUCAACGAUCCGUCGUACAUUCCUUUCCUGAUAGCUGGAGCAACAGGUACAACUGUUGGCAGCUCUGAACUGCGCGAAAAUGCUGCUGAAAUUGUACAUUAUGCUUGCAAAUAUCUUUUAGAGGAAAAAUCAGAUGAUAGCAUCUUAUUGGUACUCAUUGUGCGGAUAAUCGAUGCUUUGAUAAACUACGGAAGUCUGGAGUUUGAUGAAUGGUCAAAUCACCGGCAGGCUUGGAAGUUGGAAUCUUCUGCUAUUAUAGAACCUCCCAUAAAUUUUAUAGUUUCAUCUCAUUCAAAAGGGAAAAAACGGCCUCGAUGGGCUCUUAUUGACAAGGCUUACAUGCAUAAUACAUGGAGAACAUCGCAAUCGACCUACCAUCUUUUCCGUACAAGUGGAAGUUUCUCUCCAUCUGAGCAUGCAAUUGUUCUGAUGAAUGAUCUACUCAACCUGUGUCUGCAUAGCUAUGAAACAGUUCGAGGACUUGCUGGCAAAUCUCUGCUCAAGAUGAUUAAGAGAUGGCCAUCUCUGAUCUCCAAAUGUGUGCUUUCACUUACUGAAAAUUUGAGGAACCCAGCUGCUCCAGAAUAUGCAGUCUUAGGCUCUUGUGCUGUGCUUUCAACUCAGACUGUUCUCAAGCAUUUGACAACGGAUCCCAAAACAUUCUCUUCAUUUCUUCUCAGUAUCUUGUCUAGCUCUCAUCAUGAGUCCCUGAAAACCCAGAAGGCAAUCAAUGAGCUUUUUGUCAAGUACAACAUCUACUUCUCGGGACUAUCAAGAAGCAUCUUCAGACCAUCAGGCAGUCAAGUGGGUGGUUCAGAUUUUUCAGAUUUGGUUUCUCAGAUUGGAUCGAUGAGUUUUGAAUCUUCUGGCUUGCACUGGAGGUAUAAUUUGAUGGCAAAUAGAAUUCUUUUGCUGUUGGCUAUGGCCUCCAGAAAUGACCCAACCGUCUCCUCGAAAAUCUUGAGGGAAACUACUGGUCACUUCCUGAAAAGUUUAAAGAGUCAACUUCCACAGACAAGGAUGCUUUCAAUCUCAGCACUGAACACACUCUUAAAAGAAUCACCAUAUAAGGUUUCAGCUGAGGAUCAAGGUGCUCUACUGGAGGACUUACGCACCAAUGUUAAAUCUUCCCUUGAAGGAGCAUUAAGUGAAAUUUUUCAGGAGGAGGGAUUUUUUUAUGAGACGUUGAAUAGUCUAUCUCAUGUGCAUAUUAUCACUGAUAGUGAUGGUUCUUCCAGAGGAAAUCAUGGGAAUUCUUCUUUUCAAAGUCUGGCAGAUAAAUCAAUCACCCGAUUCUAUUUUGAUUUCUCAUCCUCUUGGCCUCGCACACCUAGCUGGAUCUCUCUACUUGGGGUUGAUAAUUUUUACUCGAGCUUUGCAAGAAUUUUCAAGCGGUUGGUGCAAGAAUGUGGCAUGCCCAUUUUGUUGGCUUUAAAAACCCCAUUAGAAGAUUUUGCAAAUGCUACGGAAAGGUCUAAGCAGUGUGUUGCAGCAGAAGCAUUUGCAGGUGUGUUGCACUCUGAUGUUGAUGGUGUUUUAGGAGCGUGGGACAGCUGGAUGAUGGGCCAGUUACAGAGUAUUGUUCUUGGUCAGUCGGUGGAGUCUAUACCAGAGUGGUCAGCCUGCAUACGGUAUGCUGUUACUGGGAAAGGAAAGCAUGGUACAAAUGUUCCCCUUCUGAGACAGCAAAUUUUGGAUUGUUUGAUAACACCCCUUUCAACGGCUGCAACAACUACUGUAGUUGCAAAGCGCUACACUUUUCUUUCUGCUGCACUUAUCGAGAUAUGCCCUCAAAAGAUGCCUGUCACCGAACUGGAGAUUCACAAUAAACUUUUGAAUGAAUUGUUAGCGAAUAUGUGUCAUUCAUCAGCGCAAGUAAGGGAAGCUAUAGGAAUCAACCUCUCUAUAUUGUGCUCAAAUAUCCGGCUGCGUUUGUCGUUCUCCAAUGAAGGGGCUGACCAUGGCAAUGACAACCCAAAUAAAACAGAGACUUGGGUUGCAUUUCUUACGGAACGAGCAUCUGAGAUGGUCACGAGUAUUCAGAAUACUAGUCAGUCAGACAACAUGGAGACAGCUGCUCAUUCUAGUGUUGAAUAUGGCACCACAUUAAAUGGAGAUAUACGAGAUGAUGUUAAGUGGAUGGAAACGCUCUUUCAUUUUAUCGUCUCAACUUUGAAGUCUGGAAGAUCAUCUUGUUUGGUUGAUGUCAUUGUCAGAUUUAUCUAUCCUGUAAUUGCCUUACAGGAAACAUCAAAUAAAGAUUUAUCAACUCUGGCCAAGGCUGCUUUCGAGUUGCUUAAGUGGAGGAUCUUUUGGGAACCUCAUCUUCAGAGGGUUGUUGAAGUCAUUCUUUCUUCUUCUACUGAUUCCAACUGGCGGACCAGAUCAGCUACUCUGACAUAUCUACGUACUUUUAUGUAUAGGCACACCUACAUACUCCCUAAAGCAGAGAAACAAAAAAUUUGGAGAACUGUGGAGAAUCUGCUUAGAGACAAUCAAGUCGAGGUAAGGGAGCAUGCUGCAGCAGUUCUUGCAGGUCUAAUGAAAGGUGGGGAUGAGGACCUUGCUUGUGACUUCCGUGAGAGAGCUUUAGUGGAGGCAAGUACCAUGCAACGGAAGAGGAAGCAGCAGAGGAAUCUAAGAAGUGGCCAACCGUUAUCAUCCAUCCAUGGUGCUGUACUUGCGCUGACGGCUUCUGCAUUAUCGGUGCCAUAUGAUAUGCCCAGUUGGUUGCCAGAGCAUGUCACUCUCCUGGCACGUUUCGCAGCAGAGCCUUCCCCCAUAAAAUCCACAGUAACGAAAGCAGUUGCUGAGUUCCGGAGGACUCACGCCGAUACUUGGAACUUUCAGAAGGAUUCCUUCACCGAAGAGCAGCUCGAGGUUCUUGCUGAUACGUCAUCUUCAUCAUCGUAUUUUGCCUGA